AUGUGGCUGCUCGAGAAUGCCGGCAACGCCUUUCAAGGCCGACGGCUGUGGCUGCGCCCGGGCAAGCGCUACAUCUUUGGCCGGACCCGAGCUGAACCCGGUCAGCUCGUCAUCUCCGACAAGACCAUCUCCCGCAAGCACUUGACCAUCGAGAUCGGCCCCGUCGGCGACAACGAUGGCAGCAACGUCGAUGCCCGCUCGACCGUCACUGUCGAGGAUCUCGCCACCAAAAUCGGCACCGUCAUCAACGGCACGACACAAAUCCGCGGCACCAGGCAUGUGUUGACGGGCGACCGCACCACCAUCAAAAUGGGCCACAUGGCCGACCUCUUCAGCAUCUCGUGGCAGCCCGUCGUCUUCUCGUUUUCCUUUACGUCCAAAGAGCUGCGCGCCACCGCCCCCGACGACCCCCAGAACCCCUGGACCCGCCUGCACCGUGACUUGGGGCCCCUGGAUAUCAAGUUUGUGGCCGAGUUCCGCGCCGGCCAGACCACGCACGUCGUGGCCAAGAAGCGCAACACCUCGCGCGGUCUGCAGGCACUGGUCAGUGGCGCCUACAUUGUCAGCGACUCCUUUCUGGAUGCCGUCGUGGCCGCCGCCGCCGCCGCCGACGGCGCCCUCGAAAGCGACUGGGACGCCGCCUGGCCCAGCGCCCUCGACCACCUGCCGCCCCGCGGGGACGAGCCCAGCAACCGCCCCAGCAGCACUUAUGCCCCAGACCCGCGGCGGGCCAACAUCUUCGAGGGCUACACGUUUGUCUUUUACGACCAGAAACAGUACGACAACCUGCUGCCGCCCAUCAGCAGCGGCCGCGGCAAGGCCUUGCUGCCCGCCGGCGCCGACGCCGUCGUGCCCAACCACACCCAGGUCGACGAUUUUGUGCGCUUUGUCAAGGGCGUCGCCGGCGAACCGGGCAUGGGCGAGUUUGAGGACGGCAGCGCCGGCCGCGGCGUUGUGGUGGUGCGCUACGUCCCCGCCAAGGGCGACCAUGUGGCCUGGUUCACGCGGUUUACCACGGCCGUGGCCCUGCGCCUGGACCACCGCCUGAUUGACCAGCGCGAGUUUCUGGAUGCCAUUCUCGCCGUCGAGCCGAGCAUGCUGCGGCGGCCGCUCGAGGUGGAAGAGGCGGCGGCCGCCAUGGACGUCGACGUCGACGUCGACGCCGCUGUCGACGUGGACGCCGAUGCCAACGUGGACGGUCCGCAACGCCCGCCGCCGCCGAGCAUGAGCAUGUCCCAGGCGUCGACGGCCACACGGCGUGCGCGCGGUCGGCGCGGCGUGACGACGAGCCGCUUCAAGGGCUUCGAUGCCGACUUGGAGUCGUCCGACAUCGAGCACGAUCCGGGCACCAACGCGCUGGCGGCGCUGGACGCCAACGUCAAGCCAUCCCAGUCACAGGCUUACAAAGAGGACGACAACAUGUUCGUCUCACAACCAGAUCCCACUAUCGACGCGCAGCGUGAACUGCCAACACGGCGAAGCAAGCGCGGCGCAGCCGCUGCCCACGCUGCUGCUGGGGCAGACGACGAUGACAACGACGACGUCAUGGACGACAUUGCACCCACGGCGGCGGCCGUCAAGCGCCGGCGUAUCGAGGCCGGGCACGAGCCGGUACCGAGGGUGGAAGACAGCGACAAGGAUGCCGACGACGACGAUGCUGACCCAGCGGUGGCGAAAAAGGCAGUUGCCAUCAAACAGGACAUGACCGAGGCCGACAUCCUGAACCAGGCCCGUCGCAACCGUGAGGCGGCAGAACAAAAACUGGCCGCCGAGCGCGCCCGUCUCGCCGAACUGCCCGACGACGGUCUGGAUGCAGAAGCCAUCCGCAAGCUGACGCUCGUGGAGACCAUCGAGGUCCGAAUGCCGGCCAAGGCGGAAAAGGCGGACAAGGCGGACAAGAUUGGCGCAGCCGUCGACCGUCGUACGGCCGACGGCCGAUGGGACCCCGCGUGGAACGGCCGGCGUAACUUUAAAAAGUUCCGCCGCCAAGGGGAUGUGGUCGGCCGGCCGCCGCCGCGCGUCAUUGUCGGGCUGGAACCGGCCAAGACGAAAGAGUACGGCAUCGGCGACGGGUACUGGCUCGAAGGCGGCGACGAUCGUCCAGAGCACCGCCAGAACAGUGCCAAGGCGGCACGAAACGGACGGCACGGCACACCAGGAGUGGACACGAGUGCUCUGCUGACGCCGGCCGACGUCUUGCCUGUCCGGGACACACGAUCCGCCGCGUCACGCUCCAACCGCAGCACAAGCAUGGAUGCCGAUGCAGCGUCUGCCGACGCGGCGUCCGUCGACAUGGAGGUUGUUCCGAACACUGACCCAGAAGACGACGGUAACCGCGACGAUGAUGACGACGAACUUGCCGCGCCAGUCGCGGCACCACCACAAAAAGCCACAACAGCAGCAACAACAACAAUGCGUCCCACACGUCAGAGCCAUCGGCAACAGCAACAUCACCCCAGCCUAGACAACGACGCACCAGCAUCCAUCAUGUCGUCGACCACAUCGCCACCUCCAUCAGCCGACCUGCCGCGGACACGCGCAGGAAAAGUCGGUGUCCGGACGGCCGUGGCACGCCAGACCCAAGCCGCCUCACAAGCCAGGACAACCGCGACGACACCGUCGGGUGGCGGCACCGCAUCCAUUACCGACCCGCUGUCCAUGACGUCGUCGUCCAUGGUCGUGUUUGACACGCCGCCACCGUCGACGCAAGCAAGCAGCAGCCACUCAGCCGCCGCUGCCGCCGCCGUUGCAGACACAAGAGCCGGUCGGGGUGCCAAGCGACCGACGGCGGGCGCUGCGGCGGCGCCACCACCGGCAGCCAAACGGCCACGGCGAGGCGCGGCGGGCAACAACACGGCCACGUCCCACUCGUCGGGCACAGCCGCGUCCGGGUCGGCGUCGGCUGCCAUUGCGAUCCACGACGGCGACAGCGAUGAAGACGACGGGCUCAAGUUUAAAUUCAGGAGCCGGCGGUAG